AUGGCUCCGCAGAUGCUGUUCUCUCUGUUCCCAAACAACGACAACGCUCAAGAGAUUCUGGAAGCAAACCCGGAUUUCCAGGACACUUUCUCGGGAACGAAAUGUCUCAGCUUCAGCACCGAGUUUAAGUCUAAGAUCCCCUCCAGGCUCGUCUCUUUUGGGCGGAACAGCAAUCAUGAUGUCCGCCUCCCCUCUCAACCCCCAGGACAAAGGAAUUAUUCCAGUGGCCAGUGCUACUUCUUUUUAGCCAAAUCUGGAGAGCUGAUUCUUAGGGAACUGGCGCCAUCGUCAAUCCGCAUUUCCGUCUUUGACGCCACAGAAGAUCAAAAAAAAAAGUACUCGAUUCAAGGGACGCCACCCCAACGCGUUAUUCCGAAGGAUAGGACCGCUCGAACCAUUCUCUUUCUGCAAACGGGGGCCGAAUUCGUGUUCCGGUGGAGGAUUCCUCUACAAGAUGAUAAAACGGACGUGGAUUUGGUCAAACGCGCCGCCGACUUGGCUAUCCCAGAUAUGGUGUUGACCAGUGCCUUGCCCCAAGCCUUGGCACCUGAACAUCAAUAUACACUGCGAAGCCUUUUCUCGGCUCCAGCUGCGACCAAAUCUGGCACGCAGAAAUCCAUCCAUAGGUAUGGCGAACUUGGUCAGGGAACAUACGGUGUGGUUUACAAGGCCGUUGACUUGUCCUCCGGGGAGAUUUGGGCAGUCAAAGAGUUCAAGCCCAAGGCUCGGACAGCCCAGUGGACAGCGUCCUUCAGACGUGAGGUCGAGAUUAUGGCGAGAUUACAACACGGAAAUAUCGUCAACCUUGUCCACUUCCAGAACUUCCAGCUCGGCCAACCUUGCCAGCUCUUUUUCCCCCUCUACAAAGGAAAUUUGACACGUCUCCUUCCCGCCCACGAAUGCAUUGGCCCGCUGCCUGAUGUGCCUACUUGGGCUCCGCGACUUCGAGAGAACAUUCUCCAGGCUUUGCAUUAUCUGCAUCAGAAUGGCGUCGUCCAUUUGGAUGUUAAGCCGGAUAACAUCCUCUUCGAUUACGCAGACGGUAAUCCUGAGCCAACAUUCUUGUUGACCGACUUCGGCCUGUCUGUGGCAUCAAGCGAAUUCAAGGGCGGCCGAGGAGGAGGGACCCGUUUCUACAUGGACCCUGAGGUGGCCCGUGGAGAAAAUGCCAGUUAUGUAUCCGACGUUUGGUCCUUCGGGAUAACGUUUGGCUGCGUUCUUGGGUAUUGGUGUCGGAAAGACAUGUUGCUAACCGCGUUGGACUGGAACGCGAAACUCCAAUCUCUUGGAAGCGAUACGCAAUACGACGAGUCUGAUUCGGACCCAGACUAUGUGCGGUGGUACGCGCGGGUGUUUUCGCUUGUUGAGCGGGGAGUACUCCCCGACAUAUUCACUCGAUUGUUCGCCGCAUCCAGCCAUCGCGCGACCACGGUCGACUGCCUCAACGCAUCAUACGAACAGUUUUUCGGACGCCCCCAAACGCUCCCCCAGGAAGCUCGCUUCAAUCUUGAGUGGCAUAUUCCAGCACUCAGUCCUAAUGGCAUGAGCUUUGACAUUGUUAGAGGAGGACAUGGAAAGUGA